GGUCCUACCGUGCCUCAGCCUUCGUCGUUCCCGCCAAGCAGGAAGUCCCAUGAUCCCAUUCCGUUAAAUGGACAUAAUGACUAGAUUAUGAUUAGGUCCAUAGAUGUUUGACAGCCUGUCCAUUUCAGACACCGUUCCCCUACAAAUCCCAGAGCUCUUCAGUUCAAAAGCCUAUACUCGUGAAGCACCAGCGCGAUGCUGGUGCGCAGAUCAGUGAUGCGACAAAAGAAUACCGUGCCGGAUGCGCUCAGCUGUCCGCCACGUCACGUUUUCUAUCAUCAUGAGGCGAUGAUAUCACGUGUCGUCCACUGGAUUUCCCCGACUCAUUCGUCCCUCCCAUCCCAUCCCAUCCCAUCCAUCCCAUCCCAUUCCGUCCCAUCCCAUCCCAUCCAUCCCAUCCCAUCCAUCUCAUCCCAUCCAUCCCAUCCCAUCCCAUCCCAUCCAUCCCAUCCCAUCCCAUCCAUCCCAUCCCCCAUCCCAUCUCUCUCUUGGCGUCCACUGGCACAUCCAAGCGUGCGCCCUGGCAAUUCAAUCCAACUGCAAUUUCUGCCGAAGGUUCACUGUCCGUGACUGUCACUUUGUCCAGCAGUGCUACUGCUGCAACGGCCGGCAUUGAAUGCGGGGGAGGACUGUGUCAGUGCAUCGUGGGUAGGGGUGCUGUGUGCACUGUGUUACAAUUCGUUACAAGCCUGGGCGGUAGGUUUUGGCAGAUAUCUUCCGUCGCUUUGCUCCACUGGAAAACUCAUUCGCAGGGACUUAUGUCUGGGGACACAAAUGCACAUGUGUAGUUUGCAGCAGCAUUUUAGCCCAAGAAGCAGCCAUCUCUGAGAUCAUGGUCCAAGUAGGGAGUGAGCGGAACGAGACGGAGCAGCAUAAGUCUGCAACUUUUUGAAGCUGACAAGAGUGAGCACAGCUAAGUAAGAGUGAGAAGCAGCAUAUGACCUCGCAGAACUCGUGACGAGUGGGCAGAACGAGCGUGAGCAAGAGUGACGAGUAUGAGAGUGAGGAGAACGAGCCAGGAGCGAGCAGAGAAGAGUAAGGUGAACGAGAGUGAGUAAGGGCCAGUUAAGUGUCUGAAGAGCGUCAGCAUCAGCAGCAGCAUUGAGUCGCCAACGCCACUGGCGAAGCCUGCUGGAGUGACAGCAGCAGCGGCGUGGAGGCAGCAGCAGUGGUGGUGGAGGUGGCGGCGGCGGCAACAGCAGCAGCAGCAGCAAACACAGCAGCAGCAGCCACAGCAGCAGUGAUAUUCACAGGCGACCCAAUCGACGGCUUGGAACGCCUGCGUUGCUACCAGCAACAGCCGCAGCCUCUGCAGCAGCAACGGCAGCAGCACUAUCAGUGCCAAGCAGCAGCGAUAUCACCUUCACACAUGGCCGAGCAGCAUGAGCCCUCAUUCACGGCGCACAACUAUACUUCAGCUCGUGUGACGCCUUCCGGAAGAGAUUCAAGCGUAAUGGGUGAUGAUGACACCCUCAGAUCUCCCUCACCCCAGCUGCAUCAUCACCAUCCCAUGAGUCAUUACUCUGAGGCGCCUACUACCGAGCGUUGUCUCAUGAGUCAUGCUAUUGACACGGCCUCGAGAGCUAACAGGAGUGUGACUCUUGGCACGCUAACAAACCCCAUGAGUCACCCAGUGGGUGAUGCACCGCUCCAGCAAACGUACGCUCCGCUCCCCUAUGCAAAGUGAUACGAGCACUAUUAGUGGUCCUCCACAUCAGCACCACCAUGCUAUGUCUGGAAGUCAUGAGGACGCGUUCAGAUGGAAGAAGGCAUCGCACAAGCGAAUCCGGGGUCUGCAGGGGAGGCCAGGCCCCGCCGCCCCUACCUAAGAGGCGGAGCCUCAAAACCUGUUGCAGGAAGGGGCAGAUCUCGCAGGGGUGAGAUAGGAGAGGGGGCGGGUUUGGUUGCAGCAGACAGUGCAGUGACUGCAGGCAGGGGUGAGAGUGGAGAGGCAGCAGUGGCGACUACAGGCGAGGAGGAGGUGGUAGGGAGCUCUGGCUUGGCAGCAGAUGCCGCCGCCGCUGCCACCACAGCAGCAGCAGCAGCAGGACGUGCGUUGGGACGUCCAGAGGAAGAGAACCCUGGGGUGCCGAGGACUGAGAUGCGUGUGGUGGUGCGCGUGAUGUACCGCGGCGCACAUAACCAUCCCCCACCUCUGAAAGCUUUGCAGGAGCGGGCUGUUAUUUCUCCUGAUACAAGUCCCCCUCAUGCUUCUAAACCCCCUACAGCUACAACCUUCCCUACUGCCGUGACGUUCAUUAGUGAUAGAACUCUUCCUGCUGCUACAGCAUUCCCUCCAGCUACAGCUCCACAUCCUGCUACAACCUUCCCUACUGCUCCCCUCCCUGCUUCCACCUUCCCUACUGCCACAACGUUUGAUAGUGCGACAAGCUUUUCUGCUGCUGCAACCUGCAUUCCUGCUACAACCUUUGGUACUGCCACGACCUUUUCUAGUGCUACAUCCUUCCCUAUUGCUACAACCUUCCCUCCUGCUACCGCCUUCCUGCCUGCUACAACAUGUAUUCCUGCUGCAACAUUUCCUCGUGCUACAACCUCCCAGUCACCUCCAUGCUCUCACUCACCAGCAUCCUGCACAGAAGCUGCAGGCCCCCCAAUUUUUUCUCAGAGUGGAUCCUUCCAGGUGCCUUCCUUCCCUGCACCUAUCGGCAUGGGUACAGCUACCUAUUUCAACGCUCAGACUCCACCUCAACCUUCUCCUUCUCCUCCCCUUCCUCCUCCUCCUCAACCUUCUCCUUCUCCUCCCCUUCCACCUCCUCCUCCUCCCUCUCCUUCUCCUUCCCUUCCUCCUCCUCCUCCUCCCUUUCCUUCUCCUCCCCUUCCUCCUCAUCCUUCUCCUCAUCCUUCUCCUUCUCCUCCCCUUCCACCUUCCCCCCCUCCUUCCACAUCCUUCCUUCCGCAUCCUCCUCCCCUCCCCAAACCUUCAUCCAUCACUCCAUCAAUACCCACCACUACUUUCCCUCCGGCCGACAAGCCUCCUCAACAUGUGCCGUUUCAAGCACACCCCUCCAUGGCAGUUUCUUGUCAACCAGAGCUCACACGUGGAACUCCUGCUUCUGCCCCUGCUACAUCUGGGCUUACCUCCAGCCUCAUUCCUACUUCUGCUCCUACUACACCUGGCUUCAACUCCAGCCUCAUUCAAGAUUUUUCUCCUGCUACAGCUGCCUUUGCCUCCAGUUUCUCUCCUGCUUCUGCUUCUACAGCUAAAUUUAGCUCCAGCCUCGCUCUUGCUGACCUCCCUUCCUUGCCUCUGCCCCAUUAUCGCCCACCCAGCUAUUAUCCACCUCUGCUUCACCCACCAGAGGCAUCAGCAGACGCGGAAGCAGCGGCAGCAGCACUGGCAGAAGCGGAAGUAUCAGCAGGGGAUCCAACAGCCAGUCUCAUUAUGCCAAUGGUACAAAAAACCAGUCAUAUUGCUUCGUGCCCAAUGGCUGGCUCGAGUGCUGGUAACCCCGGAGGAACAGCUACACUUGCUGCAGCAGUAUCCGAUUCAUUUCCCAAGUGUGAUGAAAGCAGGCUACGUUUUGAAGAGCAUGUCAUUAGAAUCAAGCUAGAGCAGUGGCAGCUAGAGCAGCAGGUGCAACAGUUGCAGCAGAAACGGUGGAAAGGCAAUUUCCAGCCACAGCAACGGUGCAAUGGUCGGCAGGACCAACUAAAGCAGCAGCUAAUUGAGCAGAUGAAACAGCAGCAGCAGCUACAUUGCCAGGAGCAACAGCAGAUGUGGCAGCUGGAGCACCACCAGAAGCAGCAGCAGCAGCAGCAGCAUCAGAAGCAGCCGCAACAGACACAAGAUCAGCAAAAUCAACCGCAGCAGCAGCCUCAGCAGCACCAACAGUGGCGGCAGCAACAGCAACAGCAGCACCAGCACCAGAAACAACAACAUCAGCACCAGAAACAACAACAUCAGCAUCAGCAGCCUCAGCAGCAACAGCAGAAGUACCAGCAGAAAAAGCACCAGCUGCACCAUCAGCAACAGCAACAGCAGCAGCAACAGAAACAGCAAAAUCAGCAGCAGCAGCAUUGGCAGCAGCAGCAAUAUCAGCAGCAGAAGCUACAGCAGAUACAGCAGCAACAGCAGCAACAGAAGCAACAACAGCAGGAGCAGCAGCAGAAACAGCAGCAUCAGGAACAGCAACAGCAGCUGCAGCAGCGGCAACAGCAGCAGGUCCUCUCAAAUCUUCUCUGCACAGAGCAGCUCAUUCCCCAAGCUGGCCUAAACUCCCCUGCUGAUGCUGCUGUUGAUGUUACACGUGUCUCUGCGACUGUCAUGCACCUUCCUACGGCUGUAGUACAAGUUCCUAAGGCCGUGGCAGAGGUCCCAAUGGCUGUAGCACCAAUUCAUACGGCUGUAGCACAUGUUCCUACAGUCAUGGCAGACGUACCAGGGGCUGUAGCACCAAUUCAUACGGCUGUAGCGCAUGUUCCAACACCUGUGUCAGACGUCCCAAGGGCUGUAGCACCGCUUCCUCCUGCUGUAGCACAAGUUUUUAUAGCUGUGGGACAUGCUACGUUCACUACACUUGGCACUCGUGUGAACGAAUCACCUGAUGGUGUUGCUAUUUCAGCAUGUGAUGCAGAGGUGUUGCAGCAGGGGGGAGCAUGGGAGCAGCAGGCAGUGAGUCAAUGGGAGGGAGAUGCUCGCCUAGAUUCCCCCCAGGAUUACCCACAGCAUUCUGAGCAAGUCCUGCAGCUGCCGCAAGCUGCAGAUGCUGUGCAUGGUGGAUGCAGCAGCAAUAGCCACAACAACGGCAUGCGCUGCGAUGAACAGCUUGCCCCCACACGCCUUAGUGACCUCAGGCUACCUGUACUCACCACAAGCCACUUCAACAGUGCCGGCAGUGCCUUGACCAACCCCAGCGCAGCUACGUCGGACAGUAGAACCAGCAACGUGUCAACUUACUGUGGCAGAACGAGCAACAACCUUCCAUACAUUCCUAUGACUGACCGAGACAGCAGCAUCAACAGCAGCGGUCCUAGUCUAAGCGGCAUAAACAGCUGCUUCAUGGAGCCAUGGCAGCAUCAAGGCAUGGUGGACAGCAGGGAGCAGCAGGACGUGCCAAGGUUGCAGCCUGGGGCUGCAUGUCUGGAAGAGCUUUAUCUGCCCCCAACUGAUAUCACCACAUGCCAGGCUAUAAUGAGCGGUUAUGACGAAUCAGAUGUGGUUCCACUAGGUAUGCACGGAAAUGCGAAUUGGUGUGAUGACUUGGAUGUGAUUAUGCUUGAAUGUGCAAGGGAGGUGCUGCUUAGGAAUGAGAGGAGUUUGUGAUGAUCAAGUCUUGUCUCUGAAUGCUGUUUGGUGAUUAUUGAAGCUGUGUCAACAUUUUAUAAUGAC